AUGCUGCAGAAGAGAGUCAAACAAUUCGUAUUCGGGAAACACCUUCCCCCUCCCGUCGAACGGCGUGCCACGACGGGAGGAAAGACCGCGAAGCAUGCAGGAGAGAUCGCGAAGCAUGCAGGAGAGACCGCGAAACAUGCAGGAGAGACCGAAAAGCAUACAGGAGAGACCAUUAAUGGUACAAAACGCAACCCUGAUGGAAGAGCAAAACCCCGAGUCACGAGUCUAAGCUCGCCCACUGAAUUAUUAAUACCACGCGUGCAAUUGGAAUCACCGCAACUCGCGCGCGUUACCGAAUUCCUGCUCGACACCGGAGCUGACCUCGCAUUAAAAGGUAUUUCGAACGAGCGAGUCGAGACUCUGGGUUCCACUCAAAUUUAUAUCGCCGGAAAACCCGUCGACUUCCACGUUGUUCCAGACACUCUCGCGAUAAAAACCGAAGGACUCUUAGGAUCUUCCUUCUGCUCCGCCGGAACCGUAAUAUCAUACCCCGAGCAAAAUAUUAUAUGGGGAGACGUAACCAUUCCUUUCUCGCAACUAACGGUGACAAUACCCGCUCGCGCCGUUUCCUAA